AUGAAGUACACUGCCGCCAUUCUUGCAGCUGUGUUCAGCGUUGCCAAUGCUCAACAAUUCCAACCCAUUUCGGAUGCAGGAGAAUACUCUGCCCUCUUGGACGCUGUCGUCGCCACUGGAAGUGGUUUCACUCUUGUGUCUGCUGCCCCCGUCACCAUCUUUGGACCAAAGGAUUCCGCCUUUACAGCCAUCCAAGAUUUUUUCGACAAUUUGAGCGUAGAAGAGCUUUCUUCCAUCCUUCUUGAUCACGUCGUUGUUGGAACCGCUGUCAAUGCCGCCGCCAUUGUCGAGGCCGGAUGUAUCGAGGCCCAAUCCGCCGGAGGACUCAUGCUCGGAAUCCUAUUCAACCCCGAUGACAGCACGGUCACCGUGAAUGGAAUCCCCGUGACUACCGUUGACAUUGCUGGUGACUACGGCAUCCUCCAUGGAAUCGAAUCCGUCCUCAUCCCUGGUGAGCAGGGAGAUUUUGUUCCCUGUCCAGUAUUUGCGGCCGACUUUACGCCCAUUGCCGAUAAGGGAAUCUACAGUACUCUGUUGGGUGCAGUUGUCUCUACGGAAAAUGACGCUGUCAUUAGCCAAAAUGUUCCUGUCACCAUCUUUGGACCCAACGACGAUGCCUUUGCUGCCAUUCAAGAUACCGUUGAUAGUCUAUCCACUGAAGCGCUCUCUGGCGUUCUUUUGAACCACGUCGUAGUUGGAGCCGCUGUGGAAUCUAGUGCUGUUGUCGAAGCUGGAUGUAUGGAAGCCGUUGCCGCUGGAGGCAUGAACCUUGCCAUCCGAUACAACACCACCACUCAGGUUGCUGAUGUCAACGGAAUUGUCAUCAACGACUUUGAUGUGACAGGAGAGUAUGGAGUCUUUCAUGGUAUUGCGAGUGUCAUUACCAGCUCUUAUGGAUACGUUGCAUGCCCAGUUCUUUCUGUCGUUGAGCAAGUUGCUGCCAACGGAAAUUACAGCACCCUUCUUGGUUUCCUUGACAACCCAUUGCUUCAAGGACAACUUGAGAAUGUUGGGCCCAUCACUAUCUUUGGACCCAACGAUGCAGCCUUCGCCGCCGUGUCUAGCGACCUUGAUGGAAUCCACCAAGUUACUUUGCUCCAAACUCUUGCAGGCCACAUUGUUGCAGGAGUCCACACCGUUGCCGAUGUCAAGGCUCAAGGAUGCGUCCUCCUUGAUACCAUUCUCGGAACCAAGGUUCGUGCCAUGUACGUCGAAGACGACCAUGGUGACAACUUCCGCAGAAGAUUGGCGGGACACGAAAUGCCCACCGACCUUUGCUGCCGUAGAAGAUUGGUGGGACACGAAAUGCCCGCCGACCCCUGUUGCGAAAGAAGAUUGUCCGGACAUGAAAUGGUUGACGACUCUUCCAUGGGUCACAUCAUGAUCAACGACGCCAUGGUCAUCCUUGCCGAUAUCGAAGACGGGACCAGCAUCUUCCAUGGACUUGAUAAAGUUCUUCUUCUCGGAGGUGAUACCUUUGAGUGCCCAACCGAUGCUCCUGUUGCUAGCCCAACCGCUGCGCCUGCCCCUACCCGUGACGACGAGACCGCGGAUGAAGGAUCCAGUGCUGGCCCAACCACUGCCCCUACCCGUGACGACGAUACCGCGGAUGGAGGAUCCAGUGCUGCCCCAACCACUGCCCCUACCCGUGACGACGAUACCGCGGAUGGAGGAUCCAGUGCUGGCCCAACCACUACCCCUGCCGGUGACGACGAUACCGCGGAUGAAGGAUCCAGUGCUGGCCCAACCACUGCCCCUGCCGGUGACGACGAGACCGCGGAUGAAGGAUCCAGUGCUGGCCCAACCACUACCCCUACCCGUGACGACGAGACCGCGGAUGAAGGAUCCAGUGCUGGCCCAACCACUGCCCCAACCAUUGACGACGGGGCCGCGGAUGAAGGAUCAAGUGCUGGCCCAACCACUGCCCCUGCCGGUGACGACGGAGCCGCGGAUGAAGGGUCCAAUGCUGCUGGCCGAACCACUGCCCGUGCCAAUGACAAGGGAGCCGUGGAUAAAGGGUCCAGUGCUGGCCCAACCACUGCCGUCUUGGUCGCUGUUGUUGCCAUUUGCUUCUUUGUUUUCUUAGCGGCUUUUAGUGUCUACAAAAUAAUAAGGUCCGAAUAG